CAACCCUCUACAGAUGAGGCUGCCACCUCCUCAUCAACAAGCACUGGCCAACCUGAAAUCAGAACUGAAUUUACGGCCAAGUACGAGGAAAAGGAGCUGCUGGGUGAAGGAGGCUACGCUAUGGUCUAUGCAGGACUUCGAAAAAUUGACAAUCUGCCUGUGGCGAUCAAACAUAUUCCACAGCCCAUUGUUGAGCGCAUCCCAUUGCAUGCGAAUGACAGCAACAUCCCCCUGGAGGUGGCAUUGUUAAUGGCAGUAGGAGCUGGACCAGACUCAACAUCCUGCAAUGUAACCCCACUCCUGCUGGACUGGUACGACCUGGACGACGAAUUAAUCAUGGUUCUGGAGAGACCCGUCCCCUGCAUGGACCUCAUUGAUUACAUUGACCAGAUGGAUACCCUCAUUGAUGAGCAAGAAGUUCUACCUCUACAGAGACAGCUGGUGAAUGCAGCCUUGGAGAUGCAUUCAAAAGGAGUUUUCCAUCGGGACAUAAAGCUGGACAACGUUCUUAUUGAAACAGCUUCUGAUGUCCCGAGGCUAAGAUUCAUUGACUUUGGCUGUGGAACAACAGAGAUAGAUGCAGUGCAAACUGUGGAACAAGGGACUUUAUCGUACACUUCCCCGGAAUGGUUUAGGCUUCGAAGAUACACGGCAGGUCCCACCACAGUGUGGCAGAUGGGGGUGGUGCUGUAUGGCUUACUGCACCUGAGACUCCCUUUUGGCAAUCCCCGGGAGAUCAUCUACUGCAAUCCCCGAAUUCGAGCUGACCUUUCUGAUGAAUGCAAGGACUUUUUGAGGAGGUGUCUGGCCAAACGCCCAGAGGAUCGACUUCCCUUGGAGACCCUUCCAGAUCACCCUUGGCUGAGAUCAGAACUCAGCCAGUCCAGCAAGAACCAGCAGUCCCACAGCUCCAACGUCCCUUCAUCCCUGCAUCCUUUCUUCACCCCAGGCUUCUACUUUUGCUGUCCCCUCUCCAGUGGCCACCGCGGCUCCACCCCUGAUGGUAUCAACUUCAGCUGCCCCAAUCGUAACUAUGCCGGCGGCCCCCCGGGGCCAGAGCUGGACGACUACAUAUCCAUGAUUCUCGAUCUUUCAUUGCGAUUCGGAGGAACCCGGGGUCAUCAACACGGACCAGAUGACGAGACAGCUCCCCCACCCAGAGUCUCAUUCCACACAGGUUCACACCCACCUAGAAGAUUGGUACUACAUCCUGCACCUCCUCCCGUCUACCUGGCACCCGGCUUCAACCUUUUCCUUCAUACUACACCCUACACCUCUAUCUCUUCCUACCCCUCCCUUUACCUCUGA